AACACGUGGUUGCGGGAGACCUUAUAAAUCUCUCUCCCCUGCCUAGCACAGGCGUGAUGUUAUCUGCUGGCAAGGGUUCUAUACCAGAGCCUGGGGGGUUAGGACUAAGAGGGGAGAGACAGAGAGAUAGAACGUGAGAAAGACAAGAGAGGGAGAGGAACAGAAGGAAGAAAGAGAGGGCAACCAGUGGACAGACAGAGGGAUAUAGGUUUGCUGCUACUACACUGAAAGGUGGAAAGAUUCUGGUAAAACUAUGUGUUCGCCUGAAACAAGUGUAUUUUGACUGUACGAGUUUACAUUAAGUGAAGCUGAAAAAAAAACAUCCCGUCGUACAAGCACUCUAGAUAUCUAUCCGAGGGGAAACACCGGAGUGCUCCUGCUGGCACGUGAACAAGAAAACCUCUGUUAUCACUUGGAUUCCUUGACUUGUGCAGAGAAGGAGUGAGUGAGGGUGCCUGGAAACAGCCAGUGAGAACUUCUAGCCAGCGAGCAAAGAAAGGAGUGAAGGCACAGCACUGUGAGCAAUGCAUACUUAGUAGUGGUGAAGGAGGGACCGCUGGCUGCACAGGCUGCUGGACUGUCAAACGCUCGAGAAAGCCCCGGUGUGCGCGCGGGCCGCUGAUGCCCGGACAGCAGGGACUUGCACGUCCUCGCGCUCCCACGGAGGAGCUUCUGCAGCUGCCGCUACUACCUCACCAACUUGUCCUCGAGACCCGCUGUGCAAUGCCAGCCCUGCAGGGCGCCGCUUUUGGUUUCGGUCCCCCUGCGCUUACUCGGGAUCAUUGACAUCAGGGGUUCGCCUCCAGUAAAAAUAACUUAAAGUCACUGUCCUCAGCAGAGCUAUAAAAUCAUUCUCUGUAGAACCCCCUGAGGUAUUUCUAGGUAUUUGCAUUGCAAGCAGUGACGCGUAUAAAAGUAAGCAAAAAAAAAAAUAACAGAAACGUUUUGGAUGCACAAUUAGAGUUGUAUGUAUCAAUAUUACACCAAAAUGUAUUUUUGGCAGAAGUACUAUGUUUGUUGAGGUGGCAUGCUUUUCCUUUCUAUUUCUAGAAAACUAGACUUAAAGUUUAUGCCUUCUUUAAUUCUGUUUACAUCCUUGAACCCCUUUGGAUUGUUUGUAUAGUUCUCCUCGGUUAUUUAAUUAGUGUCCUUUCUGCACCUCUUGUGCAGCCACUGCUGCAGCGGCUGACUGCUGUAGCCCUUGAUUCCACAGACCCCGCCAUGCAGCUGCCUUGCUACAUCGUGUUGCGCCUCCUGCUGACGCUGCACCUGGCCUCAGCUGGGGUACUCAGCCUGUCGACCUGCAGUGCCCUGGGUAUGGACCAGUUCAUGAAAAAGCGCAUCGAGGCCAUAAGAGGCCAAAUCUUGAGCAAAUUGAAGUUAUCGAGUCCACCGGAGCAGUUCCUUGAGCCGGAGGAAGUGCCAGCGGACGUCAUCGCCAUCUACAACAGCACCCGGGACCUGUUGCAGGAAAAAGCCAACGAGAGGGCCGCCACUUGUGAACGAGAGCGAAGUGAUGAGGAGUACUAUGCCAAGGAGGUCUACAAAAUCGAUAUGAAGAGCCAGCAAAAUCCUAACGACAAUGUCAUCACUACUACAACCUGCAGCAUCUACUACAGGAAUUUUCCAUUUGAUGUCUCUUCCAUGGAGAGGAAUGCUUCUAAUUUAGUGAAAGCAGAGUUUAGAGUUUUUCGCAUCCAGAAUCCAAAGGCACGAGUUUCUGAACAGAGAAUAGAACUAUAUCAGAUUCUUAAGUCCAAGGAGAGGAAUUCACCAUCUCUACGUUACAUUGACAGUAAAGUAGUGAAAACAAGAGCAGAAAGGGAAUGGCUUUCAUUUGAUGUCACAGAUGCCGUGAGUGAAUGGCUUCAUCACCGAGAUCGAAACCUAGGAUUCAGGAUAAGUCUACAUUGUCCAUGUUGCACUUUCAUGCCAUCAAAUAACAAUAUCAUACCAAACAAGAGUGAAGAAUUGGAGGCAAGAUUUUAUGGAGUUGAUACAAAACAUAAGAGAGAAUAUAAUAACCUGUUGCCCCAUCUUUUGCUGAUGCUUUUGCCAUCUUAUCGACUUGAGUCACAGCAGCACAGUCAGCGAAAAAAGCGUGCCUUAGACGCAGCAUACUGCUUCAGGAAUAUACAGGACAACUGCUGCCUACGUCAACUAUACAUUGACUUUAAAAGGGACCUUGGGUGGAGGUGGAUUCAUGAGCCCAAGGGAUACCAUGCAAAUUUCUGUGCUGGAGCAUGCCCAUAUUUAUGGAGUUCAAAUACUCAACAUAGUAAGGUGCUCAGUUUGUACAACAGCAUAAAUCCAGAAGCAUCUGCCUCUCCAUGCUGUGUGUCUCAAGAUUUAGAACCUCUUACUAUUCUCUACUACAUUGGUAAAAAUCCCAAAAUCGAGCAUCUUUCAAACAUGAUUGUAAAAUCGUGCAAAUGCAGCUAGAAGAAUCACAAGGUGUCUAAUGGCCAACUCAAGAACCACCCAAACACCCCAAACACUCUGGGUUGUCAGUGUUAAAAGUCCAGUAAUGUGGUUAAUAGUUUGAACUACUUGGAAGUAUCACAGCAGACCAUGGAAAGCAACAUGCUGAUGGUAAUGCUCCUGAACUUCACCUGCUUUAUUAGUGAGAUAGACAGGAAACACUGGAAGAGUUUAAGUGUUAACACGGGAAUGGACAACUACGUAAAGGAGUCCUAUGUAGAGGAAUUGCUGUAUUGGUCUCAUGUGCCUUACUUGAUCUUUUUGUAUUAAAUACAGUAGACACCCUACCAGUUCAUUUUUUUCUUAUUUUGUUUUAAUUAUUAUUUUUUUAAUAAAAAUCAUUAUUUAUUGGUGUGCAGGUUUUGUAAGAGGAGGCAUUUAAUUUGGAUUUUCAUUUGAACAUGGUGCAUGACAGAUGAGACUAUCUGAACUAAAUUUGAGAGUGCUGGAAGUGCCUUUACUUUCAAAGUCCUCCAAGUAAUGACUUUCAACAAAUAGUGCAUCAAGACUUUACAGGUAUCAUAUUUGUUCAAAGAAAGGGGAGCUCAAAUCUGUUUAUGAGAACUUUUUUACUAGUCUCCAAAGAUGAUAGUGCUGCUGAGGGACUUUGGUGUACAUGGCUGUUUUACCCAAAAAGAAUGGUUCUGCAGAAUUAUGCCACCAUCGUCAUUCAGCCAAACAAACUUUGUGCUCAUUCAGGAUUUCCAAAAUUAUUAACUGUUUGGUAGGUCUUCAGACUCUGGUGUUGGCCAUGUUCACAGCGGCUUGAUCAAAAACAUAUUCCUGUCAUGCCUCCAAAUAAGAAUCAGAAGGAUGACAGACUGAUCCUUUUGUAUAUAAUUUUCUAAAAUUUGCCACCACACCUUUGUCCUGUAAAUGCCUUUUUGAAAUGUAAGGCACUCUUCUUUGAUCACUGGGAAUGAAUUUUCCUUUAGCUAGUCAGUAUUUGUUGAGUCAGGUAUGUUUAAUUUGCACUAAAAUAAAGUGUUAAAUACAAGGUACAUUUAAUAUACCUUUGUGUCUUAAAUGUUGUGUGAAUUUUAUGUCUACCCCUUCUUGAGAUCCCUGGUCUGGAAAGGAUAUAAAAUACUGGGAUGUUGUUUACCUCUCUAAAAGAGCCUUUUUGUUAUGCAUCAGAAUUCAGGCUAUUGCAUUCCUUGAAGCGUCUUCUACUUAGAGGUACAAUUUAUCAUUGUGUCUUUCUCAGAUAAAUGCCAUGUGAACAGUGAGUGCUGUUUUCUGACAAGGCCAGUCAAUAAUUUAAUUCAUAAUAUUGUUGCUUUUUAAGGAAGGACGAAUUAUAUAAUUGUUUGGGGGUGUAAAGCUAAAGAGGUUGUUAUUGUAAUUUCCUCCCCUAGUUCUUAAACCUAAACCUUGCAGUGGGUUGCUUUUUGUUUUCAUCAACAACUUUUAUUCUGUUUCUCUGCUAAUGUGGCAAAAAACAUGUGUUUCACAUAUGUUUUAGUGUAUGUCUAGCAUGUUUUUUCCUUUACGUCUCAGCUAUUUGGUAUGUAAUACUUAAAAGUCUGUAAUACCUUCAAGUGUACUGAACUGUAACUUAACUGUGCUCGACAAAAUGUAUGUAUUAUAUAACCAGUCGUGGCAGAGAUAUACCUGGAAUUAACUGUGGUGGCACUUUAGCCAAACCUAAAAGUACUGUCCAUCAAAAACACAUUUGAAAGUUCUCUGUCAAAAUCAUCGGCAGAAAAGCAUGACAUCUAUGAAUGCUGAAAGCAGGUAGUUGCACUUUUUUCUGGGUUUGUGGAAGAAAACUAACCUGAGCUUAAUUACAAUCCAGAUCUCACCAUUUUGUGAGGUUGCUUCUUUUACAACAAAACCUAUACCAUAAAUGCUUCCAAACUGGAUUUGUUUAAACUUAUUGCUUUUGAAAUAAAAAGAUACAGGAUGAUGCCAGAAACUAUAGCCAUGAUAUAGCUUGGGCAUCUCCAGAUGUAUGCCAUUCUGAUAUACAGAUAUAUUAUUCCCUUCCUAUGUCCAUUAGUUUGGUACCUGUCCUUUCCACUGUAAUUCAGUGGUGCUUCACUGCUUCCUACUGCUUUAUACCAAACAGUUAAAAAACAAGCAAAUCUGUGUAGAGCUAAAUUCAAAGAAUUUAAUUUAGUAGAAAAUAAAUGAUCUCCGUUUGAUUUUAGGCAUUUCUUUUUUUCACCAUUGUAAUUAUUGGUGCAAACUAUUUCCCUGUUGUUAUUCUUGACCUGAAUAAUGUAAUCAGUGUUGUGUAUGUUUACCUAGUACAGACUGGGUCAUGUGAAAAAUAUCAUCAGAGGCAAUAAAGAUAGGGAAGCAUAUAGCUUUA